AUAUUGCUUCCCUUUCUCCAACUGAACAUAACCUUUCGACACAACCAGCAAUUCACCUUACAACAACAGGAGACUAUCACCAUGGCGAUGUUGACCUUUCUUCUGCUUCUUUGUGCUGCCUUUGCUCUGGACAAUGCACAGAACCUGAAGGACAAAGACAAAGAAAUUCUGAAGGACCUGCUACACAACCUGCCAAUGGUGAACCAAGGACCACAAAGCAGAAGCUCGUCAUGCCCACAUGGCUGGGCCAAUUAUGGGAAAGUCUGUUAUCAGUACGUCUCCAUCUUGGCCAGUUGGACAGAUGCAGAGCUUAUCUGUUUGCAGUUAGGAGGUAACCUGGCAUCAGUACACAGUCUUUCGGAGUAUAACUUUCUUUGGUCUGUCCUCAAAAGCGGUGGGGCUAAAUCGCCGGUAUGGAUUGGAGCACAUGAUGCAGUCAAGGAGGGUGUUUGGCUGUGGAGUGAUGGUUCUAGAUUUACCUACCAGAAAUGGAACCGUGGGGAACCAAAUAACUCAGGUGGUCAGGAGAACUGCAUGCAGAUGAACUUUGGAGCUGAAGGUGGGCAGAAUGACGAAAAAUGUUGGUUUCAAUAUCCAUGUAUGUGUGCCAGAAAACUGUAAUCUUUACAGAUUGAAAUAUUUUGCAUUCCUUAUUUUGUCUUCACAUAUUUU